AUGAAUUUUCGAGUACUGUAUCAACAUGAAGGUCGUAUAAAAGUCAAACGGCUGCAGUACAACGAGUUUCGUCCGUCCUCAUCUGGUGAGAUCGACCAACGAAUCACUUCUUCGUUCACUUUCAUCCGAAAUAAAGGUCCUCCUAACAAUGUUAUCUCAAGAGAGUCUUCGAAACCCAGUUUCUCUUCAUAUCCUCAAUUGCACAUCUUUUGGAAAUUGCAAUCAGCCUAUAGUCCAAUUGCGCUGCUGCAUUCUUCGUCUUCUUCGUCAUCUGAGCUCAACUUUGCACGAGAUGACUAUCGAUCCCUAGGCUGA